CGCUCGCUUGUUCGACGCCAUUACACUGAGGAGCACGCACGGAAAACAAAUCAAUCCACCUAAUACGGAGGCAAGUCAGUGCUAGAAGUACAUAUGUUUUACAGAAAUUAAUCAUAUUGUAAUGAAAACUUCAAUUCGGGAUAUUUCUCUUUCAUCCUAAUUCAACACUUUCUAUUGCCGCUACACUCUGGCAGGGGCCUAGCUUGGAACUGUAGCUGUGCGGCAUCAUCAUCUGAGAAACUAGAUUCAACUGUAAUUAACAACUAGCGGUGCUUCUUGGCGUUCCUGAACAAUGGGGGAAUCAAACACGAUGCCUAAAAAGAAGGACAAUACCCCAGAUCCAGAUGAUCAAGAGGAAGAGGAGGAGUACUCAGUUGAGAAGAUUUUAGAUAAGCGUGUACGUAAUGGCCGUGUUGAAUAUUACCUGAAAUGGAAAGGAUACGGAGAUGAAGAUAACACUUGGGAACCCGAGUCACAUUUAGACUGCCCAGAACUGAUAUCAGAAUUUGAAGAUCGGCGAAAGAAAGAUGAUGCCAAAAAGAAAGAAGAGAAGAAAAGAAAAUCUCAAGCAGUAGAUGAUGCUACAAAAAAGAAAACCAAAAAAGCUGUUGAGGAGGAUAGUCGCCCACGAGGAUUUGAUCGAGCACUUGAGGCUGAAAGAAUUAUUGGUGCAACAGAUUCAAGUGGCGAGCUCAUGUUUCUUAUGAAAUGGAGAGGGACUGAUGAAGCAGAUUUGGUCCCAGCCAGGCAGGCUAAUGUUCGAUGCCCACAAGUAGUAAUCAAGUUCUAUGAAGAACGACUCACUUGGCACUCCUCUACAAAUGAUGAGGAAGAAGGGAACCAUGAGGCAGACUGAAUGCAUAAAGUGGUAUUUCAGCAACACUGAGUCGCAGAAUUUUAAUGUGACACGUUUUUUAUAGUCUUCAAAGAACUUUUAAGUUGGUCGAUGUUAGUAAAAUGUGGAUGGUAAUUUUGGAUGUCUUGUAAUUAGAGAUAAAACAUUGCUAACGUAAGAUAGGCUUUCACGGAUAUACCACACUCCAAACUCAUAUGACAGGACAGUAUUUUGAAGGAAACUUGGCCUAUACAGUAUAACUUACAUAAUUUUGUUUUGUUUAUUACACAAUUACAGUUUUUGUUUUACAUAUACAUUUUUUAUAUACUGUAUACAUAUAAGAGCAAUCGUUACAGAUUUUUUAAGAAUGUUAUAAUGAUGCAUUCAAGACAUACAAUGUAUAUGUAAAGCUAAACUUUGUAAUAUUUCCUUUUUAUAAGAAUACAAAGUAAAGUGUAGUUUUAUACAUUUUCUUUAUUUUUCUUGCCUUAUUUCAAAUAAAAUUAGAAACUUAUUCCUGUAUUUUUAUGCCUUUUUUUAUUAUUAUUCUCAUACUUAAGGAAAUUCCCUGAGCCUAAUUUGUGCUCAUAAACUGUUCAGUUUUAUAUAUACUGUUUGUACAGUAUAUACUAAACAUAUAUAUAUAAUUAUUUUAAUUUUUUUCCAGAGAAUUGGCACCUACUUUUGUAGAUACAUUAACCUUUUUUAUGUUUGUUAGCUUUAAUUUCCUUUAACCCUCAUUUUUUAGUAAUAACUACUGUAUCGUAAAAAUAAGGCCAAAUUUGUCGUUGAUGAUGGCCUUUGUUUCUCUGUCCAUAUAAAUUGUAUUACUAAUCAAUAGUUCGUUUCCUUUGACAGAAGUCAUAUUUUCAAUGAAAGUAAAUUAUUACCAAAUGCUGGUUAAAUUCAGUUUUGAGUGAUGGCACUUACUGUUGCAGUGUUAUGUCCCUGAAUAAAACAAAUAUUUUAGGCACAUCAGUUCACAUUCAUGAGACUAUUUUUUGUAUAACUAGUACAAAAAUAUGACAAAGUUACUGGAGAAUUUUGUUAAAGUAGAAAUUACUAUUGUAGGGUAAUUGAAUCUACUGUAUUUGAAUUUAUCAGUACAUCAGUAUUUUUUUAAUGUAUUGAAUAACAACAAUGGUUUUCCCAACAAGUUGUUAUUUGCAGUUGGGAAUCCACUGUGAAAAUGUGAGUGUAAUAUUAGUCUGUGCAUCUACCUUUAAAGUAUAUUAUAGUAUGUGUAGAUCUUAAUAAAGCUUCCAGUAUUCAGAGAUCUCAA